AUGACUAGUGAUGACCAGUUCUUCUUUGACUAUCUUGCGUCAAUCCCGCAUGACGUAAGGCGAUAUUCCCUCGAGGUUGCGGACUCAAUCGACCGACAAGUCGACCUUGCCGCCAGGACGAUAAGGGAUACGCUGUCAAAUCAGUCAUGGCUACCUUCCUCGAUGCGGCCGAUACCCCAACCUCAUCCUCGUGCGCCACCUCAGUCUCUCACUGAUCGUGCACAAAAUUGGAUCCUCCGACACAGAGCAUGGAGUGCAGCUCUCCUGGCCUUUAUAGGGACUAGCUGUGUUUUAUAUUUUGGAAGCAAGAAGCUGAGUGGCAAACGGAGGAAAGCUAGGAGAGCUGGCAACGGUGCUCGGAAGGAGAUAGUGGUUGUCGUCGGAUCACCGCUUGAGCCGAUGACUAGAGCCAUAGCAACCGAUCUAGAACGUCGAGGCUACAUUGUGUAUGUCACGGUCUCAUCGUCAGAGGAAGAGCACAUCGUCCAGUCGGAAAAUAGAGUUGACAUUCGGGUUCUCUGGCUGGAUAUAACAGCGCUAUCCUCGUCGCCGUCGGAACUUCAUCCAUCUCUGAACGAAAUCCAUUCAUUGAUAACCCAGCCUCAGUGGCCGGUGCCCGGCGUGCCACCACAUACUUGUCAACUGAGCGGACUUGUCCUCGUUCCUUCUCCAAACUAUGUGUCGGGCCCGGUAGCCACGAUUCCCCCCUCUGCAUGGGCAGACAGUAUCAACACGCGGCUUCUAUCUCCCAUUUUGACGACCCAGCUUCUUUUACCCCUCCUUACCCUCCGCAACACGAAUAGCACCAUCGUCUUCAUCUAUCCCUCGAUAUCAUCCUCAUUGUCCUCCCCGUUCACAGGUCCCGAAGUUACCGUUACCCGUGCUAUGUCAGGAUUUGCGACUUCCCUGAGACGCGAGUUAUGCUUCCUGCGGUAUAAUAAUAUUGAUGUCGUGGAGUUGAAACUUGGAAACGUCGACCUCGGGCUGCAGUAUCGUAGUCCGCAGGGCCAUAUCACAGGAACCGAGGUUCUUUCCUGGAGCGCGCAACAACGAUCCCUGUACGGGUCCCAGUAUCUUUCAAGCAUCGAACAGCGACCGGUUGCCUCAGCUGGACCCAGCAAGAUCCGCGGCUCUCCUGCCAGGACUCUUCAUUACGCGGUGCUAGACGCACUUGAACCACCGUCGAAAGAUUUUCUCGGGCGGAGAACGGCGAAGACGCCUGUCUUGUAUGUGGGACGAGGUGCACGCACCUACAACAUUAUCGGCGAGUGGGUUCCCGCCAGCUUGGUCGGAUGGAUGCUCGGCCUUCGCAGUGGACAAGCCGCAUCGGUGGAAAGUGCCAGUGGAAGUAGCAGUGAGACUGGUUGGGAACGGGUGUAG